AUACUAACCUCAAUUUAUAAUUAACGUUUACUACUUCAAAGUGAUUGUAAUUUAUUUAUUAUGGAGGAAUGGAAUAUUAUUGAAUGUGGAUUUAACUUAGCAGAUGAAACAAUAAACUUUGGAGCUCGAAGUUUUGCAGAUGGUGGUAAUUUAUAUGAAGUUUCAACAUUAGCCACUCUUAAAAAUGAAAGAAAUGACACAAACAAUGAACCCAAAAUAAAUGCCUUGAUAAAAUCAGGAAAGAUAUUUUUCUCUGUUAGCAAAAGUAUGAGAAUUUUUGAGAAUCUGUUAUGCUCUAAUUUAUGUUUUAAUGGGACUUUUGAUGCCACUGUGGACUGUUUUUGUGUCUCUAGUGAAGGAGAAUACUUGUUAUUAUGUCUACAAAACGGGACAAUUCACUGUUUUAGUACUAAAAAUGAAUAUCAACUUGUGUACACAGAAGAUCUAUCUGAAGAUAAAACUAACUUUUCAGUAUCAUUCUUUUGCAGCUGUUUUGUGGAAGUAAAUAAUUACCUCAACUUUAUUGUUAUUUUGAAUUGUGGUCGGAUUAUAAGAUUAUCUAGCACAAUAACAAAUAAAACAGAAGUUGAUUCUGUAGAGUUUACGAUUACCAAUUUGACAAAUUUAAACUUUCCAACUAGUGCUACUAUAUAUGCAUCAUAUAUGCACCCAACUCUUUUAAUAACCAGUGGCUCUCUUAUUUAUGUUUAUAAUAUAGAAACUGGUUAUUUAGAUGUUAUUAAUGAUGAUUUUGAUUACAGCAUCAAAAAAAUAUUUCCUUGUGACACAAGUUUGUUUGUUGCUCUUAAUGAUGCUGGAGAAAUUCUUCAAAUUUGUUCAAAAUCUCUUUUGAUUUCUGUUACCGAAUACAAGUUUUUAUUUGAUGACUUUAUUUUUAUUGAAGAGAAAUUGGAUAAUUAUAUUUUUGGUGUCACAAAGCCAGAUGAAUUGGGGCAGCAGUAUGUGCAAUUGAUUAAUUAUUCAGAUGAAAAUAUAUAUUUCUCAUUAAAACUAUUCAAUCCUAUACACCUUAUACAUCCUGAGACUAUAAACGACGAGUGUAUGUACAUCUGCAAACUAUUGUCUGAUAAAAGCAUAACUGAAUUAAGAUUUCAAAUUGUUUCCGAAACUUCACCUGAAAAAAGACUUGAAAGACUUUUAAGAAAGCGAAAAUUUGAUGAAGCUGAAAAAUUCGCUAUUGAAUACAACAUCGAAUUAAGUCUCGUUAAAAAAGCGAAAGCUCAAUUUAUUGUAGACAAACGAAUUUGUCAGCCGGAAGAUGUCAACAAUUUGUUGAAGAUGUUUGACGACAUUGAUGACUACCCUUUUAAGCUCCAAUGUUGUAUCGACGUUCAGUGCUGUUGCAGCCACUUUGAAGAUGUUAAAAAGGUCUUAGACUAUGGCUGCAAACUCGUUUCGUUAUCAAGUCAGAAGUUAGAUUCUGAAGUUGUACAUUUGGAAAAUACUGUAUCAAAUCUUAUGUAUCGAUUUGAUACAUUUAUGGAAAUAGUUCGUCAUGGUUCUGAAGAAUAUGACAUGCAAGACUGGAAUAACUUUUCAGCAGUGAAUAAUCUUUUUGAAGAACUAACAAUGCAUUUAAAAUUGAAACACUUUCAAGAGUGCAUAAUAAUAUACAAUCAUCUUGAUAGUCUUACAUUGUCGAUGGUUACCGAAGAACACAUUCAAAUGAUUCUGGAUGAACUUAACACGUUGACAUCAAAUAAUUACGUUCCAUUUCUGUACACUUUUAUCCCCAUAACUUUGAGGCAUCUUCCUUCAACAUUAUCAUUAUUUGUCAAAUGGCUUUUAAAAACGACAUUUCAAAUAGAACGAAACAAUUACGACAAUUUUCCUACGAAUGCAAUAGCAUUCACGAAUAGAAUUAUAAGUUUGCUAAAAGUUGAUGGCAUACAAAACACGAACUUUCAACGACAAUGUUUUUUAAAUCACAAGGCAAUAGAUAGUCUUUCGAAUUUGGUACAUGCUCUGGAGCAAUUAAAAACUUUACGAAAUACAUAUAACAUAACAAUUCCACUGGCAGAAUAUUUAGAGGGCCCAGAAAACCUUAUUCACAGUUUACUAAAUAUUAUUUCACCAGACGAUGAUUAUAAAUGUCUUUUAGAAGAUUUUUUGGGCAAAUAUAUGAUUGAACAUGGACUUAAUCCUGACGAAGUUUUCAUGAAUAAAAUAAAGGAUCUGUUGAAUUAUGAACAACAUUACUGGAUAAAAGUAAUUCCAUUGCUACUGAAUUGUAUAAAUUCGGUGGAGUUAAAGGUAAUGUCUGUUUUGGAAAUACUGAAAGUAGCAGAAAUUCCUUGGUCCGACAGAAUUCACGAAAUUACUAGAAUGUCUUUGAGUUAUUCUCAUCCUCUCGUAAGCGAAAUUGUACAGGCAAUUGAACACGAACCUAGAUUAAUUGUUCUCAAGGAAAAAGUGUAUGGACUGGACAAAGUUCCCUUGAACGAUAUAUACGACUUAAAAUUUGCUGUUCAAAGAAUGAUUUAUUGUAACACCACGUCUCUCCUUAAAGAUGUGUUUAAAUUGUGUAAAAAUGAUGAAGAAAAGCAUUUUGUCAAUUACCUUCUUAUAUAUCAUUAUGCCGGACAAGGGGAUCACGAAACUGCUUUGAAAAUACUGGACAAUAACACAGAAAAGGAAAUUUUAAGAUGCUGUAAAAAGAUGACUGCAUUAUUUCAGUCCCUUUCCCAAAGCAACAUAUUUCCACAAGAAAUAGAAAGCAACUACNUUACUAUUAACGAUUUGAUGGAUAAAAAUAAAAAGGAAAAAAUAUUAAACGAACUUAUCACAAAUUUAGUGAUGAAUAUUAGGAACGACUGCACAAAGUUUAUAGAAAAAUGCAAUGAUAUUGCCGUGUGUAUGAACCUACCUUACAGUGAAGUAGUUUUAAAAUUUUGUCAACAAGUAGGAAUAUUCGAAUAUAUUCUUGAGACUGCCAAUGAUUUUUAUCAGUUUGAAACAAACCCAAAAUGUCUUUAUUUAAUGGCAAUUUUGUUAUUUAAAAGUGCAAGUUCUAAUGACAACAACGCCACAAUUCUUCACGAAACUCUUCUUCUGGAUGAAACGGUUCUCGUUGAAGAUAAUAAUACAUCCCAUAAAAAAUUUAUGGAAGCAUUAGAACUAUCAGAAAGAUUACUGGGAAAAGCAAUUUUAAAUUCGGAACCACAGGACUUGGAAUAUUACGCAGAUAUGUUGAAUUAUUUUCAAAUGACCUUUUAUUUUGUACGUUUUCUUGAGACAAAACCAAAAUCGAUGUUUAAACAUUUAUUUUGGGGAAAUAACGCGCGGGGGAAUACCGCAUCUGCUCGGUGGUUUGUUGGAUAUUAUUCCAAAUUUUUGGGAGCUUUUACAACGCCAAGACUAACAAAUUUUUCGAGUAUUACUUAUCAUACAAUUUCUUUGACUGAGAAUAGAUUUCUUGAAGAAGUUCGAGGUCUUCCCAUGAUUUUACAAAAACUCCACACAGAGGGACAUUAUUUAAUGGCCUAUAAAUUGGUUACCUUUUUUAACAAAUUAAUCACCAAUCAUUUUCCAAACAUUAAUUUAGAUUUUUCAAAUAACGUUAAUGAACUUGCUAUACAUUACACAACAAUUCUGCUCCAAAAAGUGUUUUCUGCCCAAAAUAUCGACACAGAACUUGCUUACACUUUAUUACUGACUUAUGACGUAAAAUAUGCUUCAAAAUUGAUAAUAAAAGCUUUUGCUUUGUACAAACGUGACAUCAAAAAGUUUGAAGUUAUAGCCAAAUUGGGCCUCAGAUUACAGAAUUAUUACAAAAUCACUAAUAGCCAUUUAUGCCAGAAAAUUGUAUUGUUAAUAAAAUGGUACAACAAAAUCGACAAUUGUCCUAUUGCCUAUGAUGAUUUUUUCCAAACUGAACCGGCCAGUUUAGCAAGACAGUUAAUAAAAUUAAAUCUCUUCAACUUAAGCAUGCUGAUCGAAUUCUGUUCCGAUUUUAAUCUGGAUCAACAGCAUUAUCUUACAAAAUAUUUAAGAGGAAUUUUCCUCCACUGGAAGCCGAAUUACGAAAUAAAAGUAGAUUUGUGUGGAAACAAGGAUCUUGUUAUGAAAAGUACAGAUGAUGAAUUGUUUAAACUUUCUACUGUAGUUAUCAACAGUAUUUCUGACAAGGAAUGUGUUUAUAGUGAAAUUCAAAAACUAUGGAUUUCGGUAAAUUUCUAUCAUUAUGAAGUCUUUAUAUGCAUAUUAAAACUUUUAUCUGGGCAAAAAGCGAAAGAACACUUGACCAGUAAGCGGAUGCUUUCGUUUCUAAAAAAUUAUCGACGUAUUAGUAAACCGAGUCAAAUGGAAACAGAGGAAUGGUAUACGUGCUUCCCCGAUUCUCAGAAUAUAGAUCCAUUGUCAGAGUGGCGAUUACCUUUUACGCCAACUUUAUUCACGAAAGACGUUUGGAACAUUAUAAGGCCAGAAAUUAAUUUAAAAACAUACAACAUAUGGUUCAAAGUUGCUGCGAUACUGAAGAAUUUAAACGAAGAUGACAUCUGUUCGUAUGUGGUCAAGGAAGAGGUUUCAAAGAUUGCAAAAGAUUCACAAACAUCUAAACACAAAAACGAAUGGAAUAUAAUAUUACAAUAUCAAGAUUUGUUUGAAGAAAUUGACAAAUGCGUUCAAAACAUAGCAGACAUUGAGAAGGCUACUUCUGCAAUGUAUCACGUUUUCAUGCAUACACCUCCGGGAGCAGAUCAAGUAAACGCAAUUCGAUUAUGUUAUAAAUAUGCAUUGAAAUAUAAAGAAAAAUAUAGUGAAACGCCAGGUUUAAGGGAAGCAUUUACAAAAGUUGAAAAGAAGUACUACAGCUUUUCCACAAUUAAUAUUCUGUACAUUAACAAAUUGGCAGAUAAAAAGUAUUUAGAAUUUGCAACUCAACCACCAGAAAAAUUGAUAGAAACUCUUUAUGCUGACGAACGCAUUUUAAAGAAAGCUGAUUGUAUGAUCUUGCUUUGUCCAGCCAUAAAUAAAACUGUUGAUGAGAUCGCUGAAUUACACAAUUUGGAUAUGGAAAAGAUACGAUUCGAACUAUUAAAUUGCUGGUUGUCAGAUGCCACGUUACCAAAUGUAAAUCUGGAAGUAAGUGUUAAUUUCGAUGCUUAUUUUCAAGGAGAAAAUUUUUUGGAUGCAGACAUAAACGAUAAAAAUCUUAAAAGGGCUUCGUACAUGUGUACCAGUGGUGAUCGUCAAUUCUGGCAAAGAAAAUUGUUAAAAAUAGGAAUGAAUAACGACCUGAAACACACCAGUUACAAAGCAAGGGCUCUUAAAUGUUUAUGUACAAUAUCAGAUGCAAAAGUACUAGAAGAGCUUACCAACAGUACAUACGAAAUGUUUAGAAACUACGUUGAUAAACUAUUUUUAAUAAGUGAUUUAGAAUAUCUAGGUUUUCCUCUAGACAUCGAAACCCUAGACAAAUGUAAUAAACGCGAUUUACUUAAAGGGCUCGCACAAGACAGAAAUAAUCCAGCUAGUGUUAAACUUAUGGCUUCAAUUUGUUCAACAUACACAAUUUACGAGAUAAAGUUUUGGGAAAUAAUUAUAAAUGCUAUGAUUAAAAUGAAAAUGCUUAAAGAACUUAAGGAGUAUGUCAACUUUCUGAAACGAGGGGAUGUUUGUCAACAUAAAAAAUUCUAUAAGAAUGCCUGGCAAAGUAUAAUAGAUUUUUCCUUUAAUUUUAUGUCCGAUACCAGUGAUGAAGAAUUAACUCAAAAGUGUAUUGAAAAUUUACAUCUGGUUCAGUCUUGUCCUGUUCUUUUCUCUCUGGACUUUGAAAAUGCAAUGGAGAAGUGUAUAAAAAUAAAAAGAUUCACUUUUGCUGCAGUUCUUUUACAAUAUUUGCCCGAAAAUAAACAGAAAAUUCACACAAACAGGCUUUUAAAAUUGAAUUCCCACCUAAACACAGAUAUUGACAAAUUGGAUGAAUACGGCUUUUGGGGAGUUUCAUAUGUUAAAAGAUUACUGAAUGAACAAAUAUUACUGUGAAGUCAUAAUAAAAUAAAGCAGUUAAAAACAAUCCAUGAUGCAGUAAUUAGGAACUGAUUUGUUUUAUGUUUGUUUGUUACAGAAUAGACAUGUUU